CUUUGUCUCCGUCCUUUGUCCGCCCCGGUCCCUGCCCCGGACCGCUCCUGCCACCAGCCCCGCGGGAGCGCGCACCCUGCGCUUCCGCACUCCUUCUCCUCCUCCUCCUCACCGUACCCCCUGCACCCUGUACAGCAUCCUCUCCCACCCGCGCUCAGCACACCCCGAGCCCCUCCGCCCCUCCCAGCCACACCUACCCCCCCCACCAUGCACCCCAGUCCCCCGGGAUUCCCGGCGUCCCCAGUUCCCCUCCACAUUCCCCCACUGCCUUCCCCCUGUCUCCUCCUCCUCCUCCUGCUGACGGGUUUGAACACCCCCCGGCAGAGCUGCCUCCUCUCCCGCUGCAUGCACAGCCGCUGCCCGGCCCUGCCUGCCGGGCUCAGCCCACACUGAGGAGCGGCGGACAGGUGAGGCAGAGCACCCAGGAUUAUGGCAACUUCUUCCACUUUCUGCUGUCCUUUCCUUUUCCUGUGCAUGCUGGUUCUGGCUGACAUCAGUCGUGCAGUCUCCCCGGACCCUGUCACGAAGCUCAAAAAUGUCCCGGAGAACAACAACCAUCUUCAAAACCAAGAGAUGUGGCUGCAGCAGCCUGGAAGUGGGCACCACUACAAACACGGCUUGGCCAAGAAGGAGAAGGUCCAUGCCAUGUCUUCGAGAGGGCAGCCGGCUGCAGAAGAGACCCUCAGAACGGGUAGCAAAGCUCCAGCCACGCAAGAGCUGGCAGCAGAGGGACAGCCAGCAGCCCUGAAACAGAAUAAGGAUGUGUUCCUGGGCUUUGAGUUCCCAUAUCCUGAGAGGGACAACCAGUCACCUGGGUCUGAGAGAGGAAAGAAGCAGAACCGAGAGCAUCGGCGACACAGCCGCAGGGACAGGCUGAAACACCACCGAGGGAAGACUCCUGUUGCUGGGCCAAGCUCCUUGUACAAGAGACCUGAAAGCUUUGAAGAACAGUUUCAAAACCUGCAGGCAGAGGAAGCUACAAUUCUGACUCCCACCACGCUUCUCAUCACUGCACUGGAAUUAGCUGUUUCCACAGAAGAGCCUCCUGUUCAUCCAGCCACAUCGCCACGGUCACAGGCCCGCCUGAGGCAAGAUGGGGAUGUGAUGCCCACCCUAGACAUGGCUCUCUUUGACUGGACAGACUAUGAGGAUCUCAAACCAGAAAUGUGGCCAUCUGCUAAAAAGAAAGAGAAACACCGCAGCAAGAGCCCCACCAGUGGAAAUGAAACCAUGACGGCUGAAGGAGCGCCGUGUGAUCAUCACCUCGACUGCCUCCCAGGCUCUUGCUGCGACUUGCGUGAACACAUCUGCAAACCACACAAUCGAGGCCUUAACAACAAAUGUUAUGAUGACUGUAUGUGCACUGAAGGGCUACGCUGUUAUGCCAAAUUCCACCGGAACCGAAGAGUGACCCGGAGGAAAGGGCGCUGCGUGGAGCCCGAAUCAGCCAACGGAGAGCAGGGAUCAUUCAUUAAUGUUUAGGAGGAUAGGACUCCUGCCUGGAUGGUCAGGAGCUGGGGUCAAACUGUUUAUACCUAGCAAUGGGAAUUAGAGGAAAAAGUGAAGCAAAUGACUGAAGCUGCAGGCUCUGAACGUGCCGGGUUCCAACAAGACAGAAGCUCACGGUAAUUAUAAAUAGAGUGGCUUUGGCCUUUUCCAUACCAAGACUGCAUUCCCCUCCCUUCCCUCAGCACAUUCCUGCCACUGAGCUGAGUCCCUCUCUCCCAGUCGGUAAGAGAAUGAUCAUUACUACUGUUCUGAUGGUCCUGGCAGCAAAAGGCUCUGUGGUUUUGUCUCCUCUCAGCAGAGGAAAGAUAUGAAGGAUCCUUCAGUUCAAAGGGGAUGUGAGCUUAAACUUUACCCCUUAACUAUUGCUUGAGAAGAAAGGUAGAUCCUCCUUAAGGAUCAGAGGUUCCUAGCAGAUAGGAAGCUUGUAGCCUGCAGGUGGAAUCAAAGAUCAGGAGAAAGGGGGUUCCUGGGUGAGAGGAGACCUUCUGCCACAGCUCUUGCUCCCUCCCUUGUUCAGUGCCACAGACAGACAUUCCCUACCUGUCUUCUUUGGGACCAUCUGGUCCUAUUCCUUCCUUCUUUGCUCCCAAAGCACCACCUGUUUUCUGCAAGGAUGUGGCAAGACAUCCCAGCCUGCAGCUCUCAUUCACUUAGUUACCCUGCCAUGUCUGUUAUUUUUAAUGAAUAUUUUUAGGAGCUUUCUAGGGAAGUGAUAGUUUUCCUAGUGAGCCAAAAAUAAAGGUUUUUGGUAACAGGAGAUAGGGACAGGCUGUUCCGUUGUAGUAAAUCCUGUGACAUGUUGCAUGUGUGUUUCCAUGAUAUGUAAAUAAAGAUAUGAUAGAUA